GUGUUUACAUUUUCAUAUUUUCCUGUUGCAUUUACACGUGUGAAGAGAGAUCAUGCUGUAUACAUUGCAGAUUAUUAUUGUUGCACCAUUUGUUUUUAUAUUAUUAUAUCUGUUACUCAACUACCAUGUGAAAGGUAAAACGAGUGUAUGUAUUGUUGUAUUAGGGGAUAUUGGAAGAAGUCCUCGAAUGCAAUAUCAUGCAGUGUCCUUUGCAGAAGAAGGUUACAAUGUGGAUAUGGUUGGUUAUGGAGGCUCCAAGCCAAUUGAACAAAUAGAAGGAAAUGAUAAAAUAAGACUUAGUCAUUUAACAGAGCCCCCACACUUUAUAAAAAAAUUACCCAAACUUCUUGGCUAUGUAUUAAAAGUUUUGUGGCAGAGUAUAAAUCUAGGAUGGAUUUUGCUACUGUUGCCAAAGUCAGGUUUUCUUUUGCUUCAGAAUCCUCCGUCUAUUCCUACUAUAGCCAUUAGUUGGAUUGUUUGUUUGCUUAGAUCCAGUAAAUUGUUGAUAGACUGGCAUAACUAUGGUUUUACUAUUUUAAGUCUUGCUCUGGAUCCAGCUCAUCUCUUGGUUAGAUUCUCAAAAUGGUAUGAGAGUUAUUUUGGGAGAUUAUCAUCAAUAAACUUAUGUGUAACAAAUGCUAUGAAAGGUGAUUUAAAGAAGAGCUGGGGAAUAGAGGCUGUAACAUUAUAUGAUCGUCCACCUCCCAAAUUUCAGAAAGCUUCAUUAGCUGCUCGACAUGAUCUAUUUGUUAAACUAGCUAAAGAAUAUACAUCCUUUAAACCCAGUAAAUCUAAAACAAGUGGUAGGGAAGAAACUGUAUUUACUAUCAAAAAUAGUUUUGGUGAGUUAAGUUACCAAGAAAACAGACCGGCAUUAAUUAUUAGCAGUACCAGUUGGACAGAGGAUGAAGAUUUUGGACUCUUAUUAUCAGCAUUACAAGAAUAUGAGAAGUUUGUAGAAGCCAAUGAUUGUCCUUUACCUAGUGUAUUAUGUGUUAUUACAGGAAAAGGUCCACUAAAAGAACAUUACAGACAAAAAAUUGAUGACAUUGAAUGGAACCAUGUUAGUUUUUGUUUACCAUGGUUAGAACCAGAAGAUUAUCCUGUUCUAUUAGGGUCAUCUGAUCUUGGUGUAUGUUUACACAAAUCAUCUAGUGGCUUAGAUCUACCAAUGAAAGUUGUUGAUAUGUUUGGUUGUGGUCUUCCUGUUUGUGCUGUGAAUUUUAAUUGUUUAACUGAGUUAGUUCAACAUAAUAAAAAUGGUAUGAUAUUUAGUGAUAGUGAUGUUUUAAGUAGCCAACUUAAGGAAUUACUGAAUGGUUUCCCUGCUGACCAAUCAAAGUUAACGGCCAUGCGUAGAAAUAUUAAAACUUUUCAAGCAGUGAGAUGGCAUGAUCAGUGGAAGAAAGUAGUUCUGCCUCUUGUACAAGUAGCAGAAGAUAAACAAAAGAUUGACUAAAGGUUUUCAUUUUGAACAUUCCAUUAUGAACUUACAAUAGUUGAGAAUUUGGGUCUUAUUUAAUUAUUUGUCUAGUAUUACGAGUAUCCAAUACUCAAUCAACGAGAGUCUGUUGACGAUCUCCUUAAUGCUGAAAAUCGCUUCUCAUAAUUUGCAUAUUCUAUUUUACAUGUCAUUGACAAAUGGUCAAAAGUCACUGUAAUUGUGUAUUCUACUUACAAUGAAGCUCUAUAUAGAUUCUAAAUCUUGUACUCUAACCCUUGUCUUAUGAAUGAAAGGAAUCAUUCUCAUUAUGAUACAACUUCUCCUUAUUUAUCAAAUCCCUCACCUGGACCAAACUGAAGGAGAUUCAAAAUUGGAACAUUAGUUGUAUUAUGAUGAUACAAUUACCUUUUAUGUUGCUUUAUAACAUAUCUUGGUGUUGUUUAGUUUGGAUGUCAGUAUAGAUAUGUUAUUGUAUGAGACUGAUAUAUAUUUUAAACAUUUAUUAUCUAUGCAAGGGUGAUAAUAGGGAGACUGAGGGAGAUGUUAGUAAAAAGCUAUUUGAUUGGGCAAUACACAUCAUAUUGUAACACAUAGUAAAUGAUUUGGUACCAAAAUUGGAAUCAUCCAUAGAGUUUUGCCUCAGAAGUAUGCCAAUACAUCAUGGUGGCCUUAAUAGCAAUUAAUGUUGAAAUUAUUCAUCCAGAUUUGUGGAUUAUUUUGUUGAAAAUUUGAAUAUUCUAUUGUAAUGGGGAAAAUAUAAAUUAAAAAUGUGAGAAAUUGCUUGACGAUGAAAUAAUUUUUUUUAAAAAUUUUUUGUAAAUAUUUCUUUGUUUCACUGUUUAGUGUAGCUUCAACAAGAUUUAAAGAUGGUUGUAUAAAUCCGUCCUCUGUCAGAGUAUCUUCACCAGUUUCUUUUUGAGUACUCCAAAUAGUACUUUUAUUAUCCAAACUUUGAAAAAUUUUAUAGCCUUAGUUACCAUUGAUGCAAUGAUGACAUUACACUCAUCCCAUUUUAAAUCAGCAGAGUAUUGCCCUUGAUCACUUCAGAUGCUCUUGAGUGGAGAGAUACAUGAUUUGCUUGGUUCAUGUAUAUGCAUUGCUUAAAUUAGUCAGAUAAAAGAAGAAAGGGGCCUCUAUGGAUUUCUAUGUACAUAUUCAAACAUUUUUUUUUUGAAAAUCCAUGGAAAUAAAUGAAACCAUUUAAAAGUAUGAAAAAGCAUGAGGGCUUUAUUAACUCUUCAAAUAAGAAAUUUAAAACUUACACACACUUUUUGCAUAAAUUUAACAAAGAAUCCAAUUCCUUACAUUUCAACAAUUUCUGAUCAAUUUUUUUUUUGUUUAUGUGAUAGCAUGGAUUUUUUACUGAUACUAUGCAUUUCAAUAAAAUAUUUACAUGAUUGUUGUAUUUGAUUUUUUGUAAAAACGGUCAAACAGAUCAAUUAUGUCACAUGUUUGCAUGUUUCGUUGUCUGGUAACCUAUCUUUAAUAGAAUCAAUGAAGUGCCUUUGUUACUAUUUAAAUUCUUAGAGGAAGUUCAUACAAUUGUUGUUUAAAUUGAGCAAAUAUAUAAUCCAUUGUAUAAACCAAUUAGUUUUUUAAAAUAAUUUAAGAUGGAGAUUAUGUUAUUUGUAGAUUAUUGUACAUAUAAAAACAUAGUUCUAAAAUGUUAUGUUAAUAUCUAAUCCUUGAAAUAAUAUGACUUACAAAUUAUAACUAUAAUAUAUACUCUUCAAAAAAAGUAGGGGAUAUUCAGAAAUAAUACAAAACUGCAGAAAUGCACUUCUGUUUUUAUUAGAGGUAACCAGUGUAUGUUAAUAACAGGCCAAUUGCCUACACAUGAACAUAAAUAGUUCAUAUGGGCAGCUUACCUCACGGCCCCAUUUCACUCGCAAAGAGAUACACUGUCAAAAGUGAAAAUGGACGUUUUUGAUUUUUGUCUUAAUAAUGAGUAAUUGCUCCACCAAUCCUCAGACAUUCAGCAAUUCGUCAUGGCAUGCUCCUAAUCAACCGUCCAAUCACGAUUUGGGGCAAUCUUACCCACUCCUAUUGCAGUGCCACGGCCAAUUCUUGCAGUGUUGUCGGUUGACAUCGACAAACACGUCCCAGACAUGCUCUAUGGAAAGGUCAGGACUCAUGGCUGGCAAAUUAAAUGUAACACACUAAAGCAAAGAUACGCUAAACAGUAAAUCUUAUGCAAGAACCGAUAGGAAAGCAAACAUGGAUAAGAUAAACCAGCACGCGCCAGAUUUCAUCAACCUUUCCUUGAAGUGUCAAAUUUGACAAUGAACACCUCCCACGUGUUUGGAGCUAUUGCGUGCAUGUGCAGCUCACUGGUUUUGUUGGGGCGAUAAGUUCUUCAUCUGUGAACAUACUCUCAAAGCAUGUCCAGUGUCCAUGACUAUUUAUCAUAUCACAACCUGCAUAGGUAUUUGCAUCUGAAUAUCCCCUACUUUUUUUGAAGAGUAUAUAAUACAAAUUAAAUAUACUAAGACUUAAAUUUAAUUGCGUUAGGUUUGCGAAAACACUGACACAUUUUCAGACCAAAUCCUUUUUUGGGGUAUAUUCUAUGAUAAGCCAUAAAAAAGCCAAGUCCUGUGACAUUUUUAGGAUGGAACUAUGACAUUUUAGGGUUUUGGCUUUUAAAAAAAAAAUACAAGAGAAAGAGGAUAAUUGGAUUGUCUGAGAACGAGAUAUAUGGAUUGUCUGGUUUGCUACAAGAAUGCCCACAGACUUCUGGGACUCACAAAUUUGAGACUGCAACAAUAUUACUAGUACUUGAGAUAUCAAAUUAUGCUAACAUUAUGUUACAUACUAAAUGAAGAUUUGUGGAUGAUACUUUAAUAGUAAGACAGCUACAAAUAAAUGCAUGCUUGCCAGAUUUUGACUUUAGCUGCUGUUAAUAAUUUCAUGUUUAUGUAUAUUUUCUAAUUAAGUUUAAAUCAUGUAUCUCAGAGAAACCUUAAUGACUAGUUCAAUGUGGUUGUUUAAAUUCAUCAUUUACAUGACUAGUUCAAUGCGGUUGUUUAAAUUCAUCAUUUGGAAUCAUUUAUAUGGAGUUAAGAUUAGUGUCUUCAGUGUGGUUUAAAUUUGUUGAAAGCGAGACAUUAACUAAUACAUGUAUAUUGAUAGUGUAUGAGGACAUUAGUCUGAGUGUUGUUUCAAUAUAUUAUGCAAUGUCUUGCUCAAUAUCAUUUGACAGCUCAAAAUACAGAUACAUGUACUAUCCUGCACCAGCAUUUCAAUGAAAUUGUCACGCAAGUCCAAUAUUUCAUCUAGUAUAAAUAAUGUAUGAUUGGCAUGUUGCACAUACAUUAUUUGAAUUAAUAGUACACCAACAUCAAAGGAUUAAGUUACAUCUGUAUUUAAUGACUAGUUAAAUGUGGUUGUUUAAUUCAUCAUUUAUCAUUCAGUUCACCAAUAUGUGGAGAUUAUAGUUUACUGAUUGGGAUUUAACUAGUGGUGUGCAGAAGAUUGGUGAUGCCUGGGGCCAACUCCUUGAUUGUAUGCCACCAACUAUAGGGCAUAGUAUUGAGAAAUGUGAGAAAGGAAGAUAUUUUAAACAUGUAAAAACAGAUGAAAUAAACUGUUUAUUUAAAUUAAACAGGGCAGCUUGUAGAACAAACUAAUGCCUGUAAGGGCGAUAAUUUCAAAUCUAAAAAAAAAAAAAAAUAAUUUUAAUUUUACUCUUUGAUUUAGAUGCCCCCUCCAUUUCUCUCUUUCUCUCUGCAGGCCACUGGAUUUAACUUUAUUCCAGCCAUGUUAUGUUUGUCUUUAUUAUAUCUUCCAAAAAUUUAUUUUGUAUAUGUUUAUUUUUAACACAUUAUUUACUUAUACUUGUUUCUUAUUUAAGUUGGGAAUAAACUGUUAAAUAUUU